CCUAGGGAAUAAAGCUUUUCUCUUAACCUGCAGGUUCAAGUUUAAAUCAAUGGACCAAAUUUAUGCUGCUUCUCAUUAUUAUUAUUUUCUGAUUAAAGAAACCUCUUCUCUAUUUUAAUUUUUAUUUAUGCUUCUCUCCAAAGCUUGUUUGAAGGAGAAUAAUUUGGAAUUAAGACUUGUGAAUAAUGAGCAGUGGAGGCUAACACAACAUUGUAAAGCAGCCAUACUCCAAUAAAAAUUAAAAAAAAAAGACUUGUGGAUAAUGAAUUAAUGUUCAGUCUGUGUUCACUAAUGCUCCCCCCUCCUCACCCUACGCCCCUCCAUCCUAAUGCUCAGCCAUCACAUCUCUUUGUGUGAAACAGUAACAGAAUGUGAAGAUUGGAAAUAGUGAAUCAUAGCUGUUUUUGCCACCCAGCAGCCUUUAGAUAGAGGCCUAGAAGAAAGAAGGUAAUUUAUUCCCUAAAUACUAAAACAGUUGUCUAUUGUUGUGAAUGAACUCAAAGCUCUAUGGACAAUGUUGUCAUCUCUUGCAGUUAUCAGACCAUCUGAUAUGGUCUCGUAGCAUUAUAAGUAAUCCUAUUAUAGCUAACUAAAGGAUUAUACACACAAUUUUAUUGUUUCUGAUACUACUGUAAAAUAAGUGGGCCAUUCACUGGGUCUUGGAACCUUUUUUUUUUUUUAAUGUUUUGGUAUUUUUGGCAAUUGGAAUUAUAUACAGAUAUUAAAGUCUACGAUGCAAGAUCAGCUGAUUUACAAAGUGCAAAGGCAAUCUGACUAAGGAGCUUAAAAGAACUUCUUUUUCAAUUAAAGAAAAGUAACUUAAGAUUAGAAUUAGAAAAAUAAGUUGAGUGAUCAUCAGUCUCACUGGCUUUUUUUAGCUCAACAAAAGCUAUUUUUAUUCCUCCUUUUAAAAACUCGCCGUUUGUUUGUGUGGUGAAGGUACCUUUUAAUGAAGCUGUCUUUGGGGUCACCAUUUUUUAAUGAAAAUUUGGUUAUAUUGUUUAAUUGUCAUUAAGCGCAGUAUUAAUUUUUUCUCUGUUUUGGCAGAUUGAAUCUAUAAAUUGUCCCAUAUCUGUUGAUGAAAGGUAACACAAACCCUUGUAAAUGGGUGAUCUCCUCAAGAUCAGUGUUAAGAUAGCAGGCCCCAAGGAUGUGCUCAUUCUGGCAUCACAUCUGAUCUUCAAGUUUUAUUUUGAUUUAUUUGAUGUUAACAUGGUUGUGUUCCCAGGUGUCAUUCUUUCCCUGCUAUACAGCAGCACUUUGUGUAUCAUUUUAACUAAUUAUUCAUUUAUCCCUUAGUCAAACGUAAUUUGGUCUUUGUGGUUUUGCAUCUUAAUUAUACAUCUCUAUUGCUGCUUUUAAUAUUAGUGAUAAAGAGUAGUUCUUGUUUGAAGAAAGAUGAAACGGUAAUGCUAAAAAAUAAAGAGGGCUUGGAAGUUAACGUUUCUUAAAAGUCUAGGACUUGGGAAGGUCGGUGAGUUGGUGCGGAGUUUGUCUCGGCACGCGUGGCCGCGCUGGGAUGGAGUCCUCCUCGUCUUCCUCUGUAGCGGGUUUGGGCUCGGUCGACCCGCAGCUGCAGCAUUUCAUCGAGGUAGAGACUCAGAAGCAGCGCUUCCAGCAGCUGGUGCACCAGAUGACGGAACUUUGUUGGGAAAAGUGCAUGGACAAGCCUGGGCCAAAGUUGGACAGUCGGGCUGAGGCCUGUUUUGUGAACUGCGUUGAGCGCUUCAUUGAUACAAGCCAAUUCAUCUUGAAUCGACUGGAACAGACCCAGAAAUCCAAGCCAGUCUUCUCAGAAAGCCUUUCUGACUGACCUGAGUAUUACCUCUUUGGAAAAGGAAGGUAGUUCAAGAAAUGAAGAGCAGUUGAUGGGAUGGUUGAAGAAAAGGCUGUGGGGGGAUCGGCUCCCACCUUUGUCACUCUUGGGACAUCCUGUCAUCUGAGAAUGAACAAAGACCAAUUUUUGUGUGUGGGGGUGGUUUGAGGGUCAAAUGUGUUUGGAGUUGUGUUUUUUAAUGCUAAUCUUGGGAAAACAAUUGACAGAUGAAUGGAAAACUCUACUAGAUGUAUAUUACUGUAUGUGGGACGAUGCUUUCCUCAUAGUCCCAUUAACUGCUUCCUACAAUUUUAAUAGUGGAACUUCUCUGUAGUUUGAUAGUGGGACCACAUAGGUAAUAAUCUGUUAUUUGUGUGGAUUCCUUUCAGAUUUCUGGAGAGAUCGAUAUACAUCUUUGUGUCUCUCAGAAAGGGCAGCAGUGGGGGAAAGAGUAAUUUGGUACUUUCCUGUAGGCCUCCUUAUCUAAUGUUUGAUUAUCAGUGCUGGAAAAAAAAUGUAUGGAUUAUUCAUACAGUACAUUUCACCUUUCUAGGUUAUCUCCCUCCCUUAUACUGUGAUUCACUUAAAUAUCUGUAUGUAAAGUACAGUCUUGAGCUAGUACAGGUAGCCUGAGAGUCUAGAGGCCUUUAGUUAAAGGAAUCUAGCCAGCGAACAUAAUUCUCAUACUAAACUGCCACAAGGAACAAGUUAACUUACCCUGUAUGUCAGAGUCCAAAAAAAUUUAAAGAUGUGCCUAAAUGAAAAAAUAAGUUAUAAAGAUUUAGGCCAGUCAAAAACUAACAGCAGUUUCAGGUAGAGGUGCAUGCCUAAUGUAAAUCAGCAUAGUUUCCAUUUACUGCGUUCUUUUAAUCACUGAAAUAAAAGCUGCUACAAGAAAAAAAAAAAAAAA